UGCUGACUUCGCCCGCCACUGGGCGCCCACCGCGUACGUUUCGAGAAGUGUUCAACGUGUGGCAGCGAGCAGCUGUGUCCCUGACCCGCGUCACAAGUUUUGUUAGAGCAAACGCAGCGUCGACAACUGCCCGCCGUUCGUGAAGAAUGCCAAGAUGAGCUUCGCUUCGCAUCCAGUGAAUCAGUGUCCGGGAUAAAUCAACUAUGUGUGCAAAAACCACUCAGGAACACACCGUGCAUUGGUUCAGAAGGGGACUUCGUCUACAUGACAACCCUAGUCUGCGUGCGGGACUCAUAGGUGCGACGACAUUUCGGUGUAUUUUCAUCCUGGACCCUUGGUUCGCGGGUUCAUCUAAUGUCGGCAUUAACAAGUGGAGGUUUCUGCUCCAGUGUCUUGAAGACCUCGAUUCUAGCUUGCGGAAGCUCAAUUCUCGACUGUUCGUCAUUAGAGGGCAGCCAGCUGAUGCCCUUCCAAAAUUGUUUAAGCAGGAAUGGGGGACAACAAACUUGACCUUUGAGGAAGAUCCUGAACCAUUUGGAAAAGUGCGUGAUCAGAACAUAAUGGCAAUGUGUAGAGAAAUGGGAAUCUCAGUAAUUUCCAUAGCUUCACACACACUGUACAGUCUUGAUACGAUCAUUGAAAAAAAUGGAGGGAAAGCACCUUUAACUUACCACCAGUUUCAAAAUAUAGUGGCUUCCAUGGACUCACCACCUCCAGCUGAACCCAGUAUCACACCAGCAUGUGUGAAAGAUAAAUUUACCCCUAUUUCUGAUGACCAUGAUGAACGAUUUGGUGUUCCUACCUUAGAGGAAUUAGGUUUUGAUACUGAUGGCUUGAUGCCUCCUGUGUGGCAGGGAGGAGAAUCUGAGGCACUUGCGAGGCUGGAAAGGCACCUCGAAAGAAAGGCAUGGGUGGCAUCCUUUGGAAGACCUAGAAUGACAUCACAGUCAUUGCUUGCCAGUCAAACAGGUCUCAGUCCAUAUUUAAGAUUUGGCUGUUUGUCUACGAGGCUUUUCUAUUACCAGCUUACUGAUCUUUACAAAAAGAUAAAAAAGGCAUGCCCGCCUCUUUCUUUACAUGGACAGCUGUUAUGGCGGGAAUUUUUUUACUGUGCAGCAACAAAAAAUCCAUAUUUUGAUAAAAUGUAUGGAAACCCAAUAUGUGUACAAAUUCCAUGGGACAGGAAUCCAGAAGCACUUGCCAAGUGGGCCACAGGCCAAACAGGUUAUCCGUGGAUUGAUGCUAUAAUGAUCCAGUUGCGUGAAGAAGGUUGGAUACAUUAUUUAGCUAGGCAUGCUGUGGCGUGUUUCCUUACACGAGGAGAUUUGUGGAUUUCAUGGGAAGAAGGCAUGAAGGUGUUUGAUGAACUACUGCUUGAUGCUGACUGGUCUGUUAAUGCUGGAAUGUGGAUGUGGCUGUCUUGCUCAUCCUUCUUUCAGCAGUUCUUCCAUUGUUAUUGUCCUGUCCGGUUUGGUCGCAAGGCAGAUCCAAAUGGGGACUUCAUAAGGAAGUACCUGCCCAUUUUGAAGAACUUUCCAACACGGUAUAUCCAUGAACCUUGGAAAGCCCCUGAAUCAGUACAGAUAACAGCGAAGUGCAUCAUUGGGAAGGAGUUUCCUUUGCCUGUAGUGGACCACCAAUACGCAAGUCGAAUAAACAUAGAACGAAUGAAGCAAGUGUAUCAACAGUUAAGCAAAUAUCGAGGUCCAGGCAAGGAAGAUAUUACUUCAAGCGCGUGUAAGGUUUUAGGUCUUUUGGCAACAGUUCCUACAAUCCGAUCACCUUCAGUUAAGGGCGGUCAAUACAACGGCAAAGAGGACAAAACUACACCAGAGAACAGGAUAGUGAGUGCAAACAAUGAUUGCAGUAUGUAUGUUGAAACUCAACAGCAGAUGACACCGCAAGAAACUAAAUGUGACUGGGAGUUUUGCAGGAGAAACAUGUGAUUCUUUACAUUGGCAGUAACCAGUGAAAUCCCAUAAAACUAAUGCGUUAUGAAACAGAAGUCUUUCAUUAGUAGGCCUUACAGGAAGUGUUGGGUGCACAUUUUAAGAAGUUAAAUUAUAGUCUGUGAUAAUGUACUAAAUGUGAGGACAUAUGUGGGAAAUAAUCAGUAUAAAAUGAGACAUUUCACUGAAUUCCAGUCAUUGUAUAUAGAGUGUAAAUAUAUCACAAAUUUCUCAUUUUUUAACUAAAACUAUUUUUAAAAUAUUUCCAGUGAUGCGAGAUUUUUCUGUCUUGAUUUGUUACACAUGUUCAUUUCUCACAUUGUUAAUUGUAGCAAUUUUGCUUUUAUAAAGCAAAAUUAUGAUUUA